CGAUCAAUAAAAGGAGGAAAUUUUUGCUUAUUUUACUUAUUACACGUUACAAAAUUCGAACUGUUUUAGUAUGAGGUGUUCCCAGUGUGAAAGUGAUAAACUCUCUAAGGAGUUUCCAUCGACGAUGAUUACAGAACGUUGUAAUCAUAUUCCUUCUUAUUGUUUAAGUUGUUUGGUAAAAUAUUUUGAUUUAACGAAUAAAACUAAUCAAAAAAUUCGUAAAUGUCCCGAAUGUCCAGAGAAAUUAUCAUUGGAGGAAUUAAGACUAGUAUCUUUAACGUGGGAUAAGGCUCCAUUUAAAAUUGAUGUAGAUAAUAUUGGAAAAGUAAAAACACCACGAAAUGUUAAUACAGCUGAUGGAAAUAAGACAGGAGAAAUUUAUGUUGUAUUAUUAAAUGGGCAAAAAUGUGCUUUUCAAUACGAAAAAAUUAAAAAUAUUUUUGCAUUAAGAAAAGAGAUUAAAAACAAAUUAAGUGUUGAUGAAGGUAAACAAAAAUUAAUUUAUAAUGGUGUUGAAUUGCAGGAUCGAACCACCGAACCUUGUACGUUACAGGAUUAUAAAAUUGAGCCAGGAAGUCAUAUACAAUUGAUUGUUGUACUUUAUAGUAUUACACGUGCAGAAUCCAUCAAGAGUUUAAUCUUUGAUUUAUUUUGGACUUAUCCUGGAAGUAUAGAUUAUUUGGAUGGAACUUGUUUACUUUACAAGGGUUAUGAAUUUGUUAGAAAAUAUGAUUAUAUGUCAAUAUUCUAUCCAAAAUUUCCGGAUAUGAGACAUUCAGGUGAUAAGAUGGACGAACCAAAUAAAAAAGGUAGCCAACGUAUUACCGCGAAAUUAGAUGCAUUACCACCUGAAAUAACACAAUUAUAUUUCGUUUUGAGUUCGUUUAAAUCUCCUACUAUCGGUCAUUUUAAAGCUCCAGGUUUUAAGUUGAUAGAUGAAACUCAACCUGAUAAACCUUUAUGUGCUUAUCAAUUGGAAAAUGCUGCUGAUUCUCAAGCUGUCAUUAUGUGUUGUGUAUCAAGAGUUGGACAAGGAAUGUGGGAGGUCAUUCAGAUUGGUAAAUUAAGUAAGGGUAAUGCUAAUGAUUAUGAUCCAAUUGAAAAAAGUAUUACUGAAUGUGCUUUAUUUGGGUAAAUUACAUCAAGUUAUGUGAAAAUUAUAGAGAUAUUUAUGGCGAAUUUUAUGAAUUUAUCUACUUAUUUUAUAUGAAUUUGUUGUAUCUUUCACUAAAGAAUAAACAUUUGUUAUUAAAUAAAAGAAUGAUGGGUUUGCGUUGUUUUUAGUUCAUUUGUUUCGUCUCGUUGAGAUAGUAGUAGUUAUUUUAUAUCCAUUUGCUUAAAUCUGUAGUCUCUAUAAUACAAUUUUGUGAAAAAAUUUACUUAUUAAUUUUUUGUUAUUGUAAUUAACGAGUAUCGAAUUUGCUAUAUUGAUAAUAUUAAUAAUUCAUAUCUUAAAAUAAAAAAAUGUGCUAUAUAUUGUUAAAAUAC